GAUUGGUUGAAUUUAUCUUGCUUUGCGCGCCGCCAAUAUUUAAGAAAGUUGCGUUUUGAAAUAUUACUCUUGAUUUUUCUCUUGAAUUUGGAUAAUUAUUUGGUUAUUUUUGACGAUUUUUAAUUCUUUUGAAAUGGCGGAAUUUGAUAAGUUUCCACUCAUCGAGGCCGGCUCUACUAGGAGAACUGUCAGAGAAUACGAUGGGCGUUUGGAAGAAGGAACCUCUGAUCCAGCUAUUAUUAAUAAUCAGGGUGUAGAAUAUCCUUUAAUUGAUAUUGAUAAAAAGCCUAUCAUUAAACCAGUCAAAUCGUCCUUUAGAGCUAAAGAUUAUUUUGUUGAAGAACCUGCCGGUGAUUGGAAAAAGUGUUAUCAGUUGUGGACCGAAGAUGGAACUUUAUCUGCGCUUAAUUUUAUUACAUCUUUACCUAGUGUUGAACCAAUUCUUCCAAAUAUUGGAAGGACAAUCGCCAAGACUUUUGCUUAUGCUGUCCUUUACUUAUGUAAAUUAUUCUUGCAAAUCUAUCUUUAUUUCUUUCCUUAUGCUAAGCAUUCUCCCGACGCUUUAUGUGAUGAAUUUUGUCGUUACUUUGGACCCAGAGAUUUGUUCAUUUGUUUUGCGUGGCAUCCUAAGAAAAUGGUCUGCUCAAUAGGGCUAGCUAACAAUGAUAUUUAUAUUUAUUCAUCAUUAAGAAAAACAGCUCUUCUCAUAAAGCAUCCACACCAAAAGAAACUAUCUGAUCUUGCCUGGAAACCUGGCACAACUAAUGUACUCGCUGUUGCUUGUCAAAACUGUAUCCUCAUCUGGGAUUUAGAUCAAGUUGAAUUGAAAAAAAUGCAGCUAUCGAAUUGUGUUCAACUUUUCAAAGAUGGCCUCCCUAAUGGUAUCACAAGCAUUGCCUAUGAUUCCACUGGAGAAAUGCUGGCAGCUUGCUCUCCUCAAUCAACCAAACUGUUCAUAAUUAAAAAAGGGCCAGAAGGAAAUGAUGAAUUUCAAAUAGUUCGUAAUUUCCCAACCUGCUUUACUCGCUUGCUUUGGUCUCCUGACUCUUUAAGACUCUUAACUUUAACUACCUCAAAUUAUGUCUCAAUUUUUGAAUCAAUUGCAUGGUCCUGCAAAAAAUGGUCACUCGAAAAUCGAACCCCUAUACAAUGUGCCUGCUGGAGUCAACCAGAAGGAACUUUUCUUUUAUUUGCAAACAAAAAAGAGCCCAUCGUUUAUGCUUUAGCCUUUUAUGACCAAGCUACGGCAAAUGAUGUUGGUGGUUAUGUUAAACAUUGUCAAGAGGUUUUGAACGUUUCCGAGACAAUUCUACCCAAUGGAAUAAAAGUUGGAGGUCGUAUUCACGAUAUGGUCUGGGAUUCGAAUGGCCAACGUCUAGUCAUAUCAUUUGUCGAUAAUCCUGAGUAUUUAGCUGUUUACCGAACCUGGAGUAAAUCUCUUCUCGAAUUAUCUCCAAUUGGCUUCAUUCAUGGACUUUCAGGAGAAAAGCCAAUUCUCAUCUCAUUUCAUGACUAUUUUAAACACGGUUCACUUUUAACGGUUUGCUGGUCAAGUGGCAUUGUAUCUAACAUACCUCUUUAUUAUGAUAAUAACAAAACUAACCAAAGUGUUAUUAAAAAUGGUACCCCACGUCGAUUGACCAGCUUUUGCCUUUCAACUCCUAUCAGUGGAAAAAGUAGUCUAAAUUCACCUGCCCUUUCUUUUUCGAUUGCCUCUCCCCGUGAAACCUCACUAUUUACUCAAUUACAAUCAAGUCCUCGCCCCCAUAAAAUUUCUAUUUAAAUGUACUUACACAUAGAUCUGUAUGUAAUACGUAUUUUUUAAGGUAAAAGUCCAACUUUAAUAAAGUUCUUAUGAAAAAUUUUGGAUCUCUGUA